AUGGAGAUUUCAAUAAAGCGCAAUUGGGAAAGAUGUUCUGCAUCUACGACGUUUGUGAAAUAUGACGAUCAACAACCUGAGAACACUCUAGAAUGUUAUAGUCACCAAACGUUCAGUGUUGAAGUGAAGCAGAUCGAGAAGAAACCGACCGUCAUGAAGGAUGAGGAAAGAUCGAGUGCAAGAUGCGGUUCUCAAGAAAGCGGAAAGCGUGCUCAAGUGAAGCGGAUCGAAAAAACGUCAACCGUCGUGAGGGAAAAGGAGAAGUCGUCGAGUACGAGAUGCGGUUCUCAAGAAAGCGGAAAGCGGUCCUGCUACUGUGACAUUUUAGCCUGUUCCCUCAUCACCCCAUACUUCUUCUUCCCGACAAUGUGUGGGUUCCCCGUCGGUCUCCUCCGUGUGCUCGGAGUUCCCACAUCAGCUCAAACGUUUAUUGGAAUCGUCUCAUUGUUGUUUAUGGGUAUCUCAGUAGUGGCAUUAUUCGAGAAUCGGAGCAGUUGUAUUCCAAGUAAUCGAUUUCGAAUAACAAAAAAGAGAUCUAGAUUUUUAUAUUAUUUAUUUAAUUGUACGGUAAUCAUCGCGUAUAUAAUACCACCAUUUUGUUAUAUCCCCAAGCAGGAAUCAGCGAAAUUAUUUAUUUUGCAGACAAUUCCUUGUCCCACUGAAGAGUUUUUCUACGCCGAAGUUUUUGUAUGGACCAUUGACAAGUUUUGGAAUAACUAUAUAUGGAUGGCCACUGGAUCGAUAGUACUCAUUAUCCUUUCUCAAGGUUUAUUCUAUGCUAUCUGUUGUAUAUACUAUCUCUAUUUCUCCACCGCAGUUAUUAUCUCUACAAAAACUCAAAAAUAUCAGCGCUCCUUCUUCCUGGGAACCGUCGCCCAAGUAGUGGUCCCUUUUAUAUUUUUAGUGAUCCCAGUGGCCACUGGGAUCUCAAGUAUUUAUUUCGAUUACUACAAUCAGGUCCUUAACAAUUAUUGCGUUUUAUUUUUGUCGCUUCAUGGAUUCGCAGCAACUAUUAUUAUUACACUGGUUCAUCACCCAUACAGAACAUUUCUGAUUAAAGUGAUCGCAUUCUAUAGAAGCUCAGAAAACGCCGAGGACUAUGGACUCGGUGAAGUUUGUUUUGUUGAAUGCACAUUGUUGUUAUGGGUACCUCACUUGUGGCAUUAUUCGAAAAUCGGAGCAGUUGCAUUCCAAGUAAUCGUUUUCGAAUAA